CCUAAUCUUUCUUCUUCUUUCUCGCUCCUUCCUGCGGGUUACAUUUACGUAGUACCGCGUGUACUGUUCGGUCACUGCAACAGAAAGCCGCACACCACGUUCCUCUUUCUCUCUCUUUUUCUUCUUUGCUCUUCCUCCCGUCUCAACCCCUCGUCUCGUUGUCUCUUACUCUGUCUCCUGUCUCUCUCUCUCUCUCUUUCUCUUCUUCUAGAUUGUCCAAUCGUCUUCUCUUUCUUUCCGUACAAAGUGAUUUAUCGUUACGCUUGUCGCAUCGGAUUUCGUCGGUGUUAAAACCAUACCGACCCCGGCUAUCGUGUCCCUUCGCGUCCAUAACCAUACAUACCGUACUUCGUCCUAGCUCUACCCUCUCCCGGCAACCCCCCUCAUUUUACCAAGCGUCUCACCCACACCUAUUCAAUCCGUCUCUCUCUUUCUUCCUCACUCUUUUUCUGCCUCCGCUCCACCCCGGUUUAUCGGCCGAUCGGAGUGCAAAUUCGUUCGUGACCGUGCUGUGCGAGUUUUGCAUCUAACCAGUGUCGGGAGAUCCGAAAACGCGGGUGACGCCGCUCUCUUGGCAACGCCAGACCAAAAACCAUCAACGACGUACAACCACGAACAGAGAAGAGGGACAUACUUUAACCGUAGCAAUAGAACCGACGACGGCACGGUAUCGUUUCGAGCAAGCGCCACGAGCGAUAACACCGCUAACAUGUCCGUGAGAAUGGAAAACGUAGCCGCGCCAAGGAAAAUGAACUAUAAAAUGAUGGGUACAAACGGUCCGAGACCGACGUACGUGGGUGCUAACAAUGGUAACGCCGGUGGCGCCGGGGGCGGCGGCGGUGGUGGUGGAGGAGGUGGCGGAGGCGGCGGCGCCACGGGUGGCGGCGUCGGUGUGGGUCCAGCAAGCGGAGGCGGCGGCGGCGGAGGUGGAGGUGGCGGCGGCGGUGGUGGUGGAGGCGGGCACGGAUUGAAGGGGAACACCGGUGGCGGGCCACGAGGCGGGAACCCGGUGCAGUAUCGUGCGAGCGGUGGUGCGGCUUGGGGCGCAGCGCCGCCCUCUCAUGCGGCUGCGGCUGCGGCUGCGGCGGCCGCCGCUUAUCCGCCAUACACGCGGUAUCCAAGUGCGGCUGCAGCUGCGGCGGCCGGACAGAUGCCCGUCGGAGCACAGCAACUACCGCCUACGGCGAAUCCUUACGCCGCCACUUACGCACAGCACGCGUCGUAUGGUGGACAACGGGUGCCUACAGCCUCUUCUCCAGCUAACACUAAUAGUAGUUCUAGCAGUGCUACCGGCAGUCAAAGCGGGACAAUGAGCACAAGUCUUAGCAAUAAUGCUAUACAAGGACAGCAAGCAGAACAACUAUCGAAAACAAAUUUGUAUAUCCGUGGCCUCAACCAAAACACUACCGAUAAAGACCUUGUUAACAUGUGUUCUCAAUAUGGAACUAUUACUUCUACGAAGGCAAUUUUGGAUAAAAAUACGAAUAAAUGUAAAGGUUAUGGAUUUGUAGACUUUGAGUCACCAGUGGCGGCAGAGGGUGCUGUGAAAGCACUGGUCGCCAAGGGCAUCCAAGCACAGAUGGCGAAAGUGGGUAUCUGGUUGCUCCGUAGACUGCCCAGUGUACGUUGGUUGUGCAUGCAACAACAGGAGCAAGACCCCACCAAUUUGUAUAUUGCAAACCUGCCACUGAGCUUCAAAGAAAAUGAUGUUGAGGGUUUACUCGCUCAGUAUGGGCAAGUUAUUUCAACGCGUAUAUUACGCGAUACUGCUGGACAAAGUAAAGGUGUUGGAUUUGCAAGAAUGGAGUCCAAAGAAAAAUGUGAACAAAUAAUUCAAAUGUUUAAUGGAAAGGCACUACAAGGGGCUAAAGACCCUCUUUUGGUGAAAUUUGCUGAUGGUGGUAAUAAGAAAAAAUCAUUAUACAAAAGUACAAUAUGGAGAGAAACUGGAGAGAACAUGACUUUGAAUUAUGAUACAAGCGGUGUUGGUCAAAAUGGGGUUGCAACUACUCACAUGCUACCCGCAGCCACUUUAACACAAUACGGUCGUCAUUACGGCCAAGCUUUGCCUGGUUACAGCGUACCAGGAGCACCUUGGGUUACUCCUUAUUUGGUGCAAACUGCCCCUCCACACAUGCAACAGGUCGACAUGAUGCCAUCAGCUGAUCCUAGCAACCCACAGUACAGUAUGAUUCCUCAGCUUACUACACAAAUGUCUACACUGCAUCUUGGCACUGGUUCCUACAUAGCAGCAAGCCCGCAUCCCUAUCCUUAUACUACUUACCCUCCUAGCAUUAUUCAUACCAUGCCAUUGGGUGAUUCUGAACAAACAAGUAAUGCGGCAUCUCCUGAUGACUCCUAUCAACAAUACCAAGCUCAGCAGCCCAAGUAGGCUACGGUUUUUAGAUACGAUUACACCGAGGGUUACGUAAGUUAGGAGAGCCACACCUGUUGAUACGAAGGAUUAUAUUAAUGAAGAAUAGAUGAGACUAAAUACAUUAUAUAAAGUCAGAUAAGAUUCUUCCUCAUGAUAAUUGACUUGCCAGCCAUCUUUUAUACAUUUUAUCCAUCAGAUAAAUAGGUGAAAGUAGUUAAUAUUUUCCAACGAUUAGAGAAUGAAUGUUGUAAUAAGACGGGGUACGAGUGCUCGUGUCAUCUACAUUUGUUCGGCACCAGCACGGCUCCAUACGCUGUAACGUCAACACAUCAUUACGACAGUGACAAAACUGAUCAUUCUACGACGGACAGUUUAGUGUCAAGCUGAUAGGCUUCCAGGAUUAACUUUAGGUAUUACAUUUACUAAGGAAACGAUAAGUCGAAGCUGAACGCUUGAGAGUGUGAAUAAAUAUUUUAACAAAAACUUGUAAACUAUAAAAAAAAAAAAAAGAAACGCU